GUGCUUUCUUGUGGGAGGGUCUGGGUCACAGAUAGAACGUGGUUUAUGACAAUUACUCUGCGAAAUGUGAAAAGAGAAGGUAGUCGUGAUGUCUUCUAUUAGUUGUAUCAGAUUCAACACCAGUAAAGCUAGAGCGAGUGGGAUUGCUGAGAAAAAUGAGAAAGGAAGCUGGCAAACGACGCAAAAAAGGGAAAGAAAAAGGCAGCAUAAUCAAUUUGCAAAGGGAAGCUAAAACAUGGCAAGAGGCACGAGAUUUCGAACAUCAAAUGUUUUCAUCGGGACAAUCCAAUGACGAUUCAACUGGUCUCAGGCGAUCACGCUCUUGUACCUAAGCUCAUGAAAAAUGAUGACCUGCAUCUCGAAGUCUACAUCUACAACAAUGAUUGUUCCGAAUUCAAGUGUUGCUAGCCCUGGCUCUGCUAAUUGCAAUCCGAAAACAGGCUGUCGCCGGCGGAGGAAGGGAGCGGCUUGUCUAGUAGGCCUUUUUGGGGUGGUGUGGCUUUUCGGACUAAGAGGCGCGCAUGGUUGGCUUUCCUCGGAGUCAGAGAGCGGGUCCAAUUCGGUACGCCAAAGUUUUUAUACUCCAGCAGACCUCCAUAACUAAUGCUUGUUGGUGUCUUCUUUCUAAUUUCAGUUAUCCUUUUGAUGGUUUCUGGUAGCAUCUGUGAGUGCUGUCACUGGUCUUUUGAAAUCAAGAUUAAUGUAUUAAUCUGCAUGGACAAUAAAAUUGAAAUUCAGAUCGCUACAGUUUACGAAACAGCCGUGGUAUUGUCAGAGUAUCUGAUACGGGUCGCAUCUGAUGUGCGAACCGAAUGUCUUGUGUCUGCCGACAAGCUGAUAUCACUUGCUAUGGGGUAGUCUUUGUAGUCGUGGUCAAUAGUACUAGAUUGUCAUCAACCUCUUUGUACUUGCAAAAGUGACAGGAUGGCAUAGGCGUCCAACCUUAACUACUUAUUUGAGACAAGAAAGGAUGACUGGUAGCCAUGAUCGGGUACCUACACCUUUGUUUCCCUUUGCUUCAUCAAUCAUCUUAUUUUGUUGCAUCCUUCAUUGCAUCCGCUGAGAAACGACUCUAUCGCGCAACUCAAAUCGAGACGGCAGGAAACUCAGCAAAGCGCGAAUGCGAUGCAGCAUACGACUCUUCUGUCACGUCGCAGGCUCAAGCGAAUUCACUCGACAUUCUCAAGUCGUUUCUCAAGAUAUGAAGAUGAGAACAACUGAACGAAGAUAUGAUACGACCAACAGGGUAGUUGAAUAAUAAAGAUGGAAGGUGAGAGAGGCGCUAGAAGUUGAUUUUGAACUUAGUACUUCUACGUACUAGACUUGAGCGCCCGGUAGCACUCCUCCCACUAGGAUCAUCCACCCCCCGCACGCACUUCGCUCAACCCCGGCGCGAUUUCCCUGCCCCGGCUCCUCCCCCGCCCGACAACCGUCCGGCGGCGUUGGUCGUUGGAACAAGAGCGGGGCGGGGGACGGCGUGCGGCCAUGGAUUAAAAGGGCACAGAUCGAAGUCGUUGGCCUGUCGGUUUGCUCUUCUUUUGGUAGGUUUGGCCUUCUUUGCGUGCAAGUUGCGGCGCUCGAGUUUGCAACUUGUGAAAAUUCGCCUUCUUGUGAUACAAUCAAAGGCUUCGGAUGCGAAUUUUUUGCGUUUCUUUUUUAUUAGAUAAAAUCAAAAAUUUUGGAUUUCCAGCCUCAAGCUUGAAACUUUGAGACACUGGGGCUUAAGCUAGCGCUCAGCUUUGGACCUGUAGCCUUGGGCUUUCAGCUUCGAGCCUUCAGCUUUGGGCUUUCAAUUUUGAGUUUUCAGCUUUGGGCUUUCCACUCAGUUUUGAGUUUUCAAUUUUGAACUUUCGACUUUGGGUCCUCGGCUUUGGGCUUUCAGGUGUGAGCUUUCAGCUUAGCGCUUUCAGUUUUAAGCUUACGCCUUCUGGCUUGAGGUUUCGGAUGGGCCUUUAGCUGAUAGAGUCAAAAGCUUAGGCUUUUUGAGCAAAAUUUUCGAUUUUAACGCCCACGAAUUAACUUAAGUCGCAGCGUGCUUUAUUUUGAUAAGUGCUCGAUGUCGUGCCGGCGCUUAGUGAUAGUGUGUUCGUGUGUUGUGCUUGUUGGUUGAUUAGAAAAGGAGCGGAAAGACUUGCGAUGGGGGUCGCAUAUUUUUGGUUCAAGUGCUUUCGGCUCAGGUGUUUUCGGUUCGGUGUGUGUUGGGUUCGGAUGUUGGAGGGGUGGGUGUUGAUUUUUUAUCUAUCUCUUUCGUAUUAUGGUUUCUGUUCGAGUGGAAUAUUAAAAUUUCUAAACUUCUACUUGGCAUCGCCAUGAAUUUUCGAAAAAUUACUAAAAUUUUUUGUAAAGUUAACUUUACAAAGUUCAGAAGUUCGCGAGCUCGUGGGUUCAUGAGUUCAUGAGUCAGAAGUGGAACUGGGAGCGUGAGAGUUUGGGGCUCGGAAGUGGAAGCGUGAGGGUUUGGGGCUCAGAAGUGGAAGAGUGAGAGUUUGGCGGGGUCGUUGUUGUUUUUUUUUAAAUUUAGCUUUUUUAUAUUAAUUUGAUAUUGGAGCUGAGACUACACUUAAUCUUAGUUCUUGUUAGCUUGCAUGCUUCUCCAUCGCCUUAAACUUUUUCUUUUCUUGUGACCCAAUAACUUUUUCUAAUCCGCACCGCACAAGAGGAGGACGAAUUGUUGGUGAAGCAGGCCCAAGAGGAGAUACUCGGUCGUGGCUCAAUGCAGAUUCAAAUGCCAAGUCCAGUUACAUCGUCAUUGUUGGAGCUGGGUUCUGAUGAAUCCAACGCAACCAUUAUGGCUGGAGUUUUUGAUACAUCGACAAUAACAGACAAAAUAGAGGAACAAAAGAAGUCAACAAAUCUGUGGUACAUAUCACUCUUGUUCGAGGUAUCGGAUAAGGUAAGCAUCUUUUUCGUAUCGAUGCAUAUCAGAGGCCGGGGCGUUGAACAACAUCUUUUUCUAACUCUUCGGACACAACGACAACGACGACGCGAAUCACUUUGGGAAUGCUCCACCAGGUCGAAGAGAAAAACAAGAAUACUAUUAUGGAUGCUGACUGCUUCAGCUUUCUAGUGAACAUUUAAUUUCGUUGUGUCUCUCGUGUUCUUUUUUCACUUGGUGUUUCCUUUUCUUCUGAUGAAUGAUGCGUCCUCUCCUUUAGUUCGUUGUCGUUCUCGUCCUCGCUAUUCGUUGGUCAGAAAUGAGGCUCCUUGUUAUUUUCUCUGACCUUUAAGAUCUUAAUUAAUAGUAAUCCUUGUGUCUUAAGUACUACAUUAACCUUAACCAGCAACAUGAAAUUACAUUAUGUUAAUUAUGCCUAUGAGAAACCAGAUGAACAAGCAGAAACACUACUACCACAACAUUUGGUCAGAACCACAAAGGCUUUGUUCCUCUAAUAUGCCAGUUGCCAUUGAGAAAAUGGAAGAAAUCGUAUCAGUUUUGGACCGUAUGUCCGCACAAGUGGUAGAUGAAAUGCAACCUGUUCCAGUGGGUGCAGCUGGUCUCUUCAACUCUGACACGACUGGCGCAAGUAUGAUGGAACUAGGUGAAAAAACCACAAGACCAGAAAGCAAAAGAAGCGAGCGAGAUGCAGUGAACCAACACCGUGAUGUUGGAGAACACGUACACGACGAUCACCAUGACAUGUUCCAAGAACAGAAAACUAGUAGUACCGCUUUUAGUACAAGAAUCUCUUCUAAUUCUAGUGCAAUUCACAGGAAUCAACAUCAGCAUGGACAUCAAGGCGAAUCGACAAUGUCAAGUCAAGUAAAAACUGUCAUUGGGAGUAUCGAGUCUUCGUUGGCCUAUUUCGGAGUAGCAUCGGACGAAGAGGUAAGCCAUGAUCGAGAGAGCAGCUCCCCUGCUUUGAGACCAGCUGCUAGUGGCGGCGCGACUUCCUUUAUUGAGACCGGCGGCAAAAGGCCACAAGACGAAGACGAGCCGCAGUUCUUAGAGAGAGAAGUGAAAUAUACCGGAAUAGAGCAGGAAGGGUCGGAUGAUGACAAAUCUUCAUCAAAAACAACAAGCAAAAGCACGACAAGUAGCAAUGUUCAGCAAUCAAACGUCGAAGAUGAUGGCAUGUACCUUGACGAAACUGGUAGCAUGAUGUCGCUUCUUGAGUACCGAGCAGUUGCACGGGACGAGAAAACAAGACGUAUUGUCGACGCACUAUCACUAGAAGAUGAAGAAGAACAUGAGGACGCUGAGGAGGAUCUGCUCCACCAAGAAGCACCACUAGCGCGAGAAGCUCCUUCAUCUUCGAUUCUGCUUGAAAAGCCGCAAGCUCAAGCUGCGCAGGAGCGAGCUGAACAAGGUAGCGGCGAUCAGUCAAAUCGUCCAGCUUCUCCGGAUGAUGCAAAUGAGGAAGAUAACCACAACGCGGACGAAUCAAGGGUAGAGAGUUCUUUUGGUGAAGAUGUUGGUGCCGAAAAGACGAUCACAACAGCAGCUUCUACCAGCACUACAGCGCCCAGGCGGAAUGGACACCCUGCUAACUCGGACUCGCAGCUACUUCGACGACAGGAGGCGAACAGUGAUCCAGCAGAAGGAACAUAAAAGUUUCUCUUCCAUCAUCAAGUUGAAAAGAAGAUGUCUAUCACUUCUAUGACGCAUCCCUGAUGUCAUAUUUUGAUGUUGAUACAGCAUACCCACACAUCUCUACUGAUGUCGGACAAACACAAAGUCACUUACAACACAAUGAAUACUGCAGGACCACGUCAACGCUACGAACAAAUACAAAUACUCACUUCCUGAAAGAAGUUUGCUGGGCAGACAUGUG